GCCUAAUAUUGUGUUGGUCCCCCUUUUGCUGCCAAAACAGCCCUGACCUGUCGAGGCAUGGACUCCACUAGCUCCCUGAAGGUGUGCUGUGGUAUCUGGCACAAAGAUGUUGACAGCAGAUCCUUUAAGUCCUGUAAGUUGCAAGCUGGGACCUCCAUGGAUCGGACUUGAUGGCCAGCACAUCCCACAGAUGUUCGAUUGGAUUGAGAUCUGGGGAAUUUGGAGGCCAAGUCAACACCUUGAACUCUUAGUCAUGUUCCUUGAACCAUUCCUGAACAAUUUUUACAGUGUGGCAGGGCGCAUUAUAUCCCAGCAGAAUAUUUCACAGAGCAUCACACUUCCUCCGCCAGCUUGCGUUCUUCCCAUAGUGCAUCCUGGUGCCAUCUCUUCCCCAGGUAAAUGAUGCACAUGCACCCAGCCUUCCACAUGAUAUAAAAGAAAAUGUGAUUUAUCGGACCAGGCCACCUUCUUCCAUUGCUCCGUGGUCCAGUUCUGAUGCUCACCUGUCCAUUGUAGGCACUUUUGGCGGUGGACAGGGGUCAGCAUGGGCACUCUGACAGGUCUGUGGUUACGCAGCCCCAUACGCAGCAAGCUGCGAUGCACUGUGUGUUCUGACCCCUUUCUAUCAUAGCCAGCAUUAACUUUUCAGCAAUUUGUGCUACAGUAUCUCUUCUGUGGGAUCAGACCAGACGAGCUAGCCUUCACUCCCUACGCGCAUCAGUGAGCCUUGGGCGCCCAUGACCCUGUCACUGGUUCACCGGUUGUCCUUCCUUGGACCACUUUUGGCUGUGGAAAAUCUUUGCUCUUACAAGGUCUCGCCCAUGUUAUACAAACAACUCCGGCAAGUGUGUGAAGAUCACGUGCGGGCUCAGAUCCACCAGUUUAGAGAAGACUCUCUGGACAGUCUGUCUUUUUUGAAGAGGAUGAACAGAUGCUGGCAAGACCACUGCAGACAAACAAUCAUGAUCCGUAGCAUUUUCCUCUUUCUGGAUCGCACAUACGUCCUCCAGAACUCGCUUCUUCCCUCUAUAUGGGACACAGGGCUGGAGCUGUUUCGCACGCACAUUGUGAGUGAUGGUGCAGUCCAGAGUCGUACAGUAGAGGGAAUCUUGGAGCAAAUUGAACGAGAGAGGAAUGGUGAGACUGUGGAUCGGAGUCUCCUGCGCAGCUUACUAGGCAUGCUCUCAGACCUACAGGUGUAUAAGGAGUCUUUCGAAAACAGGUUUCUGAUUGAGACGGAUCGCUUGUAUGCAGCUGAGGGUCAGAGACUGAUGUUAGACAGAGAUGUACCUGAAUACCUGCACCAUGUAGCACGGCGUCUAGAGGAGGAGAACGAUCGUGUCAUCAGUUACCUAGAUCAGAGCACUCAGAAGCCCCUGAUCUCUGCAGUAGAAAAGCAGCUUCUGGGUGAACAUAUGACUGCCAUUUUACAGAAGGGUCUCAGUACACUGUUGGAUGAGAACCGUGUUACUGAGCUGACUCUGCUCUACCAGCUCUUCAGCAAAGUGAAGGGAGGUCUGCCUGUAUUACUGCAGUUCUGGAGAGAGUACAUCAAGAACUUUGGUGGCGAGAUUGUUGGCUCUCCUGAAAAAGACAAGGACAUGGUGCAGGAACUGCUAGACUUUAAGGAUAAAAUGGACAACGUAGCGCACAGCUGCUUCCAGAGGAACGAGGGCUUCAUCAAUGCCAUGAAGGAGGCCUUCGAGAGCUUCAUUAACAAGAGACCCAACAAACCAGCAGAGCUUAUUGCCAAAUAUGUAGACUCCAAACUACGCGCUGGUAACAAAGAGGCCACAGAAGAGGAGCUGGAGAGAAUCCUUGACAAGAUCAUGAUUAUCUUCCGCUUUAUCCACGGUAAAGACGUGUUUGAAGCGUUCUACAAAAAAGAUCUAGCGAAGCGCUUGCUGGUGGGUAAAAGUGCCUCUGUGGAUGCCGAGAAAUCCAUGCUGUCCAAACUCAAGCAUGAGUGUGGUGCAGCAUUCACCAGCAAGCUCGAGGGCAUGUUCAAAGAUAUGGAACUUUCCAAAGACAUUAUGAUCCAAUUCAAACAGUACAUGCAGAAUCAGAGUGAACCCAGCAACAUCGAUCUGACAGUCAACAUCCUCACCAUGGGCUACUGGCCCACCUACACUCCCAUGGAUGUCCAUCUGCCCUCUGAGAUGGUAAAACUUCAGGAGGUGUUCAAAACGUUCUAUCUCGGGAAGCACAGUGGGCGAAAGCUUCAGUGGCAGCCCACACUGGGCCAUGCGGUGCUUAAAGCUGAGUUUAAGGAGGGUAAAAAGGAGCUGCAGGUAUCUUUAUUCCAGACACUUGUUCUGCUCAUGUUUAAUGAAGGGGAGGAGUUUACGCUAGAGGAGAUACAAACAGCUACAGGAAUAGAGGAGAGUGAGCUGAGACGCACACUGCAGUCCCUGGCGUGUGGGAAAGCUCGAGUACUUAAUAAAAAUCCCAGAGGGAAAGACGUGGAGGACGGAGACCGCUUCAACUUCAAUAAUGACUUCAAACAUAAACUGUUCCGUAUUAAAAUCAACCAGAUUCAGAUGAAGGAGACGGUAGAGGAGCAGGUGAGCACCACAGAGCGGGUCUUCCAGGACAGGCAGUACCAGAUAGAUGCCGCAGUGGUGAGGAUCAUGAAGAUGAGGAAGACUCUCAGCCACAACCUGCUGGUGUCAGAACUCUACAACCAGCUCAAGUUCCCUGUGAAGCCAGGUGACCUGAAGAAGCGCAUCGAGUCCCUCAUUGACCGAGACUACAUGGAGAGAGACAAGGAGAGCCCCAACCAGUAUCAUUAUGUUGCCUGAGAUCCAGUCCGGAGGCACAGGCACAGCCACUGAUCUGAGAUCUGCCCUUUACUCGGGCUGCAUGCCCUAGGACAGCCUGUACCCCACCACCUUCGAGGACCCCGAUUAUGCCCGCCAGUAGAGUGACCAGGGUUGGCAUGGGGCCUUACUGUACUUUAAAGUGGUGGGGUUAAAGUGUGACGUUAGGAGGAUCGCACGAGGAGAAUGAUCAGCUGAUGAUUUCCACAAACAAGCACUUUGUUUUCUUCUUGCUUUUUUUUUGUUUGUUUUUUUUGUUGUUUUUUUAGUUUUGCUUUUUGUGGUCAGUCUUCUCUUUUGAUGUCUCUCACAUGCGCUCAUAGUUUAGUUCAAUUUUUUUAGCUGUUCUGGCUGCUGACUUGUCAGAUUUUGCUAGAGAAUGGAGAGUGUGUUCAGUUAUGAAUAGCAGCAGGCUGUGUUAGCAUCAGGGUUUUUGAGAAAUUUCACUCAGGCUAUGAAAUGUUGAUAAACCAAGCAUUUUACUUGCAAAAGCUUCACUAACACACAGACACAUACAGCAAGAUUGGAUUCUAUGACAUGUUCUCUAGGUUUCACACACUGAAAAAGGCUAAAAUGAGUGAAAAAAUGUAUGUUUUUUUUUAAGACUCAACAAAGCACAUUAGUGUGUAUGUGAGUGUGUGAGUGUGUGUGUGUGUGUGUGUGUGUGUGUGUGUGUGUUGUGUGUGGAUAUCUGUGUGCUAGAUUUUUUUUUUCUUCUAAUUCACCACUAAAAAUAUUCUGACCAACA